AUGUCUGUUCGGUUGUAUAAAAUUCUUUCUUUUAAGGACAAUGAUUCGAUUCAAAACAAUCGAGGAAGAAACAGGACCGUGAUCGUUAAACGAAAAGCAGUACCCAGAAGUAUCGAACCUAGUCUUUAUGAUAUAAGUAAUUCUAGUCCAAAUCCAAACUUUAGGAGUCGUCAAAGGGGACGAACCAGGUACGUUCCCGAUUCGCAAGUUGAUUCUCAAACCAAUAGUUUACGCACUUUGGAAUUUUCAAGUCAAACGGAUGCACCCGCGUUCGGGAGCAGAAGCGGAAGAAACAACAGGUUCAGAAACCAACCGGAAAACGAUUCCAACGGGCACAAUUUAGAGAGGAGCAAAUCGGAAACAGUCACGAGAAUAAAUUAUAACGGUGACGAACCUCAAGCCGGGAGAAAAAUCGAUUCUAAUUACGUUUCGCAAAGAUUUCAAUCGAGAAGAAGGAUAACGCCGGAAAGAAAACUCGGCAUUUCUAACGACGACAUAUUAAACGGAGACGAUCAAUUACCUUUGGCCGAUAUAACCAACUAUCAAAGUGCUCAGAGACCGGUUAACGUUAUCAGAGGACGAAAGUUUUAUGCGGAAAAACCUCAGGCCAACGUUCAAACCGAAAGGCCAACCGUUGACAGAGGUAGAACCAGGGCUUUUAGUACGAGGUAUCAAAAUACCCAACCGACCACAGAAUCGCAGACGAUUUUGGACCCAGAUGUCAAUAGAAGAAGCGAUUUUGGAUUUGCGGACCAGAAAUUUAACAAUAAAAAUCGCGCCAAUACCAGGUUCGAUCAAAUACAACAACCCAGGAGUGACGUUUCCCGUCAAAAUUCUCAAAGAAAUUAUCAAGAUUUAACGAGUGACGAUGCCACACCUUUGAGCUCGCGUGGAUUCGAUCAAAUUGUACCGAGAAACGAUCCCGUUUCUUAUUUCGGUCGAAAUGAAGCCCUACCGAAAAACACAAAUCGUCAAGCCUUUAGCCACGUGGGAAUAAAUGAUAAAAUCACAUUAUCAAACACCGAGGAACAAAAUCAAAUCAGAUCUAGAAAUGAUGGCGGCGUACCUCCGAAUUCCAGGAGAUUUAAUCAAAUUAAUUCUAGAACUGGAGCACAGUUUGCAAGCAGGACAAGAUCUAACGAACAGUCGAAAGAAAGUAAUUUCGCGCAGAAUUUUAAAAAUAACGACGAAUCUUUGUCUAAACUUCCACGGCAAAAUUACGACAGAACGAUUUUAACACGUCAGAACGCUAAUGCUUUGCCUUUGAAUAAUGACGUCACGUACUCACCCUCAACGGUAAACGAUCAAGAAGCUUUACUGCAGAGCGUGCACGGAACGGACACGUUGAAAAUCACGGCGAUUCCUCCUCAGUUACAAGGACUCGGUCAAAAUUCUCAACAAAACGAUGCUCUAUCUUCAAGCACGCAGGAAUUCAGUCAAAUAACGUCGCAAAAUGACGUUUCGAAUUCUAAUCAGAAAAGAUUAAACAGAAUUAUUUCUAGAAACGGUGGUGGUGGUGGUGGAAUAAAUUUAUCGCGGAAUCGUAAUCAACCUGUCUCCAGGCAACCUGAAAACAAUCAAGGAACUCCGAACGUGUCUUCAAGCCCUCAAGAACGGCAAAACGAUUUUCAAUCGAGAAACGAAGCUCUUGCAUUUACCAGACGCCGAGGAGAUGUAAAAUCUAGAAAUGAAAUUAACGAACAAAGUUCUAAUCAAGCAAGAAAUAAAAAUGAUGAUUCUGGUAGUACCGCAACUCAAGGUCGUUAUCACAUCAGAUCAAGAAACAAUGGUGGAUUUUCAAUAAGAUACAGAGGGAACCAAGAAACGGAAAAUCAACUUUCUAAUAAUUUAAAUUCCGUAGAUCCCAAUCAGGUAUUGUCAAAUAACGCUUUCCAGUCUAGGAAUGUACAGAGAAUCGGUCAAAUACCUGCCAGAAACGAGGCCUUUCAACAAUCAGAAACUCCAAAUAGAGGUUUGCCACGAGAGCAAGAAUUAAUUUCUACACAACGUCCUACAUCUCGAAAUGGCGGUACAUACACUAGAUCGAGAACUCGGGUGACAACCGGCACUGAUUCCUCCAUUUCAAACACGGAACAAUACACUCAAGUUACUCCUCGAAACGAUUUAUUAUCGAGGAACACGCCGAGAUUUGGUCAGACUACGAGAAGAAACGAAUCUCCCGUUUCUUUAACUCAGUCCAACAGUAAUCAACCUUUACCAUCAAGAAAUGAUGUUUCCGGCCGGCAAAAAAAUAAUGACGUAACGCCAAAUUAUGAAUCAUCUUAUACUAGAGCUCCGGAGCAGGUCAAUACCGAAAAUGAAGCUUAUUCUAGAAGUACUCAAAGAUUCAAUCUCGCCACUCGAAGAAACGAUGUGGCUUUGUCAUCUCCACAAACUUCUGAUCGAGCUUCGUCCAGAAACGAUGCAACACUUUCCAGUCGAAAAAUUUAUGAUCAAAACACAAAUAUCGAUUAUUCGCUUGACAAUAAUCCGGAAUUUAAUCAGGGUACCGAACGUAAUAGUGCUUUUAAUACCAGAACCACUCAAAGAUUUAAUCAAAUAAUGCAAAAGUCCAAUGCUGAACUUCCUCCAGUGCAAUCUUUGAACCCGACAGUAAUUCAAAAUAAUAACGAAAACGUGUUCUCUCGUAACCAGUUUAAUAAUCAAAAUCAAAAUUACGAUUCGUUGAACUAUAACACCCAAGAACAAAAUCAAAUUCAACCUCGUAAAGAAACAUUGUCGAAGAACACACCAAGGUUUGAUCAAGUCACUCCAAGAAGUGAUGUAGAAUUUUCCACUCCGCAAGUUGGGUUGAAAAAUGAUGGUUUAGUCGCUAAUCGACAAAGACCUGAUGAAUUAUCCAACGCUCCGGAAAAUAAUCCAGUGCCUUUGCGAAAUGAAGUUUACACCAGCGGUAAUCAAAGAUUUAAUCAAGCUACACGGAGGACUGAUAUUCCCACCAACACCAAUCAACCCAAUUUUGAUGACGUAUCACUAAAUCGCGAUUCUUCUUAUUCCAACGCACCAGAGGUUAAUCCAGCUACGCCACGGAUCAAUGCAAACUUUAGAACCACUCAAAGAUUUAAUCAGGCUACUCGAAGGGUUGAUACUUCUUACAACAACCAACAAAAUUUUGAUGAUGCAGCAUUAGGUCCUGACUCUUCUUAUUCAAACGCACCGGUAGCGAACCCAGUUACGUCACGAAGUAAUGCAGACUUCAGGAGUACUCAAAGAUUUAAUCAGGGUACACAAAGAACUGACAUCCCUUUCAAUAAUCAACAAAGUUUGGAUGACGUAUCAUUGAACCCUGAUCCUUCUUACUCCAACGCACCGGUAGUGAAUCCAGUUACGUCACGGAAUAAUUUAGAUUCCAGAAAUACUCAAAGAUUUAAUCAGGGCACACAAAGAACGGACAUCCCUUUCAAUAAUCAACAAAAUUUUGAUGACGCAGCGACUUUAAGUCGUGAUUCUUCCAAUGUACCGGAAGUUAAUCCAGUUACAUCACGAAAUAACGUAGACUCCAGAAGUACUCAAAGAUUUAGUCAAGGUACACGAAGGACCGAUAUUCUCAACACCAAUCAACCCAAUUUUGAUGACGCAGCAUUAGGUCCUGAUUCUUCUUAUUCAAACGCACCAGAGGUUAAUCCAGCUACGCCACGGAUUAAUGCAAACUUUAGAACCACUCAAAGAUUUAAUCAGGCCACUCGAAGAGUUGAUACUUCUUACAACAACCAACAAAAUUUUGAUGAAGCAUCAUUAGGUCCUGAUUCCUCUUAUUCAAACACACCGGUAGCGAACCCAGUCACGUCGCGAAAUAAUGCAAACUUCAGAAAUGCUCAGAGAUUUAAUCAGGGAAGUAGAAAAAAUGAUGGUGAUUUUUCUAAUUACCAACCUUCCUCAAGAAACGAUGGCUCUCCAUCUCCUCGGCUCGAUUAUAAAGAUGUUACGCCUAAUUACGAAGAAUCGCAUUCUAGUUUUUCGGAAGCCAAUUUAAAUACUCCGCGAAAUGAUGUAAAUUCACAUAGAUUUAGACAAGGUGCUCAGAGAAGCGGAGCACCUCCUUCUACUUCUCAAAAUUUCAACCAAGCAACUGAAACCAGAUUUGAUCAGGACACCAGAAGGGGAGACCCCACAUUUUUGCCUUCGCAAACCGAUGAUAAUCAACCUACAUCGAGAAAUGUUGUUUCCAAUCGACAAAAAUAUAACAACGAUGCGACAUCAAAUUUUGAAUCGUUUAACUCCAACGUUCAGGAAUUUAAUCAAGUGAACCCACAAAACGAACCGUACAACACGAGAAACGCACAAAAAUUUAAUCAAAACUCACGAAGAGGUGGAAAUAGUUUUUCAACGUCAAGAACAAACAAUCAAGAUGCUCCAAAUGAAUUUUCUUUUCCCAGUUCACCUGCACUAAGUCAAAUUACUUCAAAUAUUGAUACCUCAUUCGGAAGUGCACCCGUACUAAAUGACGUGACACCGAGAAACGACGUAGUUCGCUCUACCACGCAAUAUUUCAACCAAAUAUCAUCGAGGAAUAAAGAUUUUAAUCCGACUGGAUACGAUGUCGAAAUUUCAAGAAAUGGCGAUUCGCCUGUGAAUAAUCAAAGGCAGCAAAUAGGAAAUAAUUAUAGUCAAAAGAACGACCAGGUUUUUCCAGAGCCGAAUCAAGUUUACUCGAGAAAUAACGACGUAAACUAUCAAAAUCCGGAACAAGGGCAAAGUUUUUCAACGGAAGUGUAUCAGUCUCCGGCUAGAACAACAACUAGAUUUUCCUCACCGUUGGAAAAUGAAUUCGAAUCCAAUCAAAAUUCGCGAGACAGCACCGGAAAUACUUUAAACUCUCAAUCAUUCGUCGACGGUAAUCAAAAUAUUUUACAAGGAAGAAACAACAACAACAACAACAACAACUACCACCGUUCUUCUAAUUUCGGUCGCCAAUUUAAUCAAAUCAAACCGUCGUUCGUAAACGACGACUCCCCUUCUUUGGCAGCAGACGAUGGAAACGAUUUUAGUACUCCCUUUUCUUCGUUGCAAUCGGAUGGUUCAACAGAAAACCCCUCGUCUCAAAAUUUUGACAAUAAUUUAGAUAGACCGUAUAGAAGGCGUCAAGUAAUACGAAAGAUUGUUAAUAAUAAUAAUAAUUCUCAGGACAGAAAACUCGAAUCUGCUCCGGUAGAAAAACAAAAUUUUAGAAAUAAUUUUAGAGGGAGAGGUGGGAGAACGGAAACAUCUACAAAAUCAAAUUUCGAAAACGACGUUCCUUUAGACGGACAAUAUGAACGACAAACAGGAAGAAAAGAUGCCGGAUCAAAUCUGCGAAACGGAGGAGGAGGUUUUACGGGACUUCCGGUCAAUUUUGAAUCUUCGACUAUUUCGAACGAAGUGUCAUUCAGUUCAUUUACCUCUAGAAAUCCAGAAGAACAAUCAUCAUCCCCCCGAUUCCGGAACAAUAAAGAAAACGCACCUUUUAAAAAUUCAGCAUUUAGAAGCAGAGCGAGGUUUCAAACGGAAGCGCAAAUACCAACGGAAGCGUUUACCGAAAUCAUUCAAACGGAAAACAUACAAGAUGGAGAAACUCAAUUUCCGGCAACCGAUAAACCAACAACGACAUAUAGAAACAAUUUCAGAAGAGGUGGCAGACCUCAAUUUUCAGGUCAAUCAAUCAUAAAUUACGAACCGGGAUUCGAAAAUAAUAAUAAUAAUAAUAAUAAGGACGAUAACAAAUAUGACGAAAAUUCGAACGCGUUGAAUUUGAACGAACAAAACAAUCAACCGAGUUUAAUACCAAGAACCGUGACGCCCUCGCCAUUCUCAUCUACGAUUCCAAAAGAAUCUUCAUCCACGUCGUUUACCGCAAAUACCGCUUCGAUAACAACAACAACAAGAACCACCACACCCAGAACGACGAUCACAACUUCGGCAAGCAUAACGACACCGACGUCUGUCGGUAAGAAUCGCUCGGAGGAAAAUUCCGAAGAAUCACCCAAUUACCCGAAAGAAUUUUUAGAAAAAUUAAAAACUACGAAAGAUGUUUCGCCUCCUCCUAAAAAUCAAGAAGGAAAACCUUCUUCGAUCAACAGGAAUUUAACCUUUAAAGAACAACUUAUAUCAUCGAUAAACGAAAGGAGUCAUAAGACGACGCAAAAACAAACAACAAUCGCAUCGUCUCCUCCGACGUUUUCUGCAACGGUUCCAAGAUUAAAUUCGAUUACGACGGAAACGGUUUUCGAAGCGACGGAACCCAUGACGGAGAAAAAAUCAACAUUUUCGACGACUCCGUCAUCGAGAAGAAAAUACAGUCAAUCGUUUUAUAGAAAGUUGGCAGAAAAGACAUCCUACAGUUCUCAACCUCGGAGCGGUACGGACUCGCCGAAAUCCGCCGAAGGGGAUGAUAAUCCGACGGAAAGUAAAAAAUCAGCCGGAACCGGAAAUUCAUUCAGAAAAAGUUUUAAAUCUUUUACGAACAAACCAUUAUCGUUUUCCUCAUUGGUCGAAAGUCGAAACGAUCAAUCGAACGUGAACGAAGAAAGACGAAGAUUCGUACCGAAAAAUAAAGUGUCACAAGAAGAGAGAAAACAAAGAAUCGCUUUGCUCAAGGAAAAACUCAAAGAAACCAAUUCGAAAGAGUCUUUAGUGUUUCAAGCAAACACGUAUCCGGUUCCGGAUUUGACGGGUUUCACGAUGUCGGGAGAACCACAAUUUGCCGCUUUGACUUCUGUAUCGACACCGGAUUCGUACACGGAUGAGAAUCCCGUCACGGAAACCGUAAUACCCACGACGAAAUCAAGCGAAGAAUCAUCCACAUCGGAAGAAUCCGAUAAAAAAUACGAUCUCAUUACAUUGGGAACGGAAAAUAAAGUGACCGUUAUUUACGUUGGCAACAAUUCCGUUAACACUUCAGCUUUAACGGAAUUGUUUCCGAGCACGACGUCAACUCAAAAUUUUGAAUCUUCGUCGACGACGACGACGACGACGACAACAACAACAACAACAACUCAAAAACCGCAAAAUGAAGUCGACAGUUCGUCGACGACUGAGGGAUUUUCAAUAAUUAACGCGACAUUAUUUCCAUCGACACGUCAUAAAUUUUCUGCCAGAUUGAAUUCAACUGCGAGUGUUACGCAAGAAUUAUCAAAAAUCGUGACGGACGUUCCAUUAUUUUCAAGUACGGAAAAACCAGUCUCAACGGAAUUACCGGGGAUAAUAUCGAUUCAAAGUUUAUUUAACGCUUCUAUUAAUUCUUCGAAAGCGUCUUUAACUUCUUCAAAUUCUUCCGACGAAAACACCAACACCGUUGUUACCGACACUCUUCCUCCCGUCGCCGUAUCCACUUCGCCAACUUCCGUUCCGAACGCAUCGUCGCAAACGACCGCGUCGUCCAAACGUUCGAACGCCAAGAAAAAAUCAUCGGGUAGAAAAAAAUCGAGCAAAAAAAAAUCAAAAGGGAAAAAUUCGAAUAACGGAGCAAGUCAAAAAUCCGGUUCGAACGAUGCGAAAUCGAAUAUAAAAAAUGUUAAUAAUAAUAAUAAUAAUGAUAAUUCAACAACGGUAAGACCCGCAGAAGUAACCUCCCCUACGGGAAAAUCAAAUAACAACAUCACCAAUGUACAGCUGCAGCCCUUACCCCUCGCUUUAUUGAACAUAGAAACAAUUAUUAACCAAACUAUGGAAGUUGUAAAUAGUAAUCCAGUGACGAGUCCUCAAUCGGGUCUGAUAGCUCCAAGGUCGGAAUUAAACGCUCUUACGCCGCAAACGAUUUUAGAAAGGGAAGGGGAUGAAGAAACGACGACGCCAAGAGCACGAUCGACCUUUCCUUCAAACACUAAUUCUAACGAUAACUCUACUAACCUAACGGAAGGUACCAGAUUCGAGUCCGAUGUAAAUUGUAUCGGUGAAAGUUGUAAAAAUGCAUCGUCUCAAUACCUGUACCUGGGUAACGAUGAAUCCGUAAAAAACAGGCACGGUUUGUCUUAUUCUAGGUAUAGGGGAACAACGAAAUCACCCGAAGCCUUGAGGAAAAUUUUCAUUUUUGGAAUUUUCCCCAAUAACACGGUGCAAAAAAGACCGUUUCCCAAUUCCGGGGUAGUCGAACGUCAAAGGUAUAACGAUUACAUUACGAGGCGUCCCACGUCACCCCCCUACAUGACUCCCGAUUACGACGUUUUCGGUGUUUAUCCCAACAAUAGCGUCGUGAGAAGACGCGGAUGGAAAGCGUUCGAUUACGAAAAGUAUCGAAGUCCUUACAUCAUUUUCGGAAUAUACCCGAAUAAUACGUUGAUUAAAAAGUAUCCCAACGGAACGACGAUAAAUGACGAAUUUAUGAUAUCGGAUAAUGAGAUAAAAAGGGUGCCCGAGUACAAUCAUCCGAGAGGAUGUCUGUGCAAGGAAAAUAAUGCGGGCAACAGCGUUGCCACUUCUUCAUUUUCUUCUACUACUACUACUACUACCACCACCACCACAUCAAAGACCGUAGAAACGACGAGCGUGCCAUCAUCGACUCCUCAAUUUAUGCAAUCGAUUACGACGGAAAGUGGACAGAGAGAAGAUGAUGAAAGUACUGAAGAAUCGGAGGAUAGUACCGAUGAUGACGCUGAAAAUAUAGAUUUAUCAACCAUAGGAGAAAAUGAAUUAAAUGAUGAUAAUUCAAGCACAGCCACGACACCUUCCGACGCCAAUGAUGAUGAAAGCGAAGAAGAAGAAGAAGAAGAAAGUGAUGAAGAAAAUGAUAUAAGUAAUGGUGAUUUCACGACAACGUCUCAACCGGGAUCAUUGAACGAAGUCGAACCGACUGAAAAUUUCUAUGAUUCCACGACCAGAGCGUACGAAGGAGAAGAAGUUGAAAGUUCAACCAUUUCUCAAGAAGAGAAUUAUGAAGACAACACGACUAAAGCCGUACAAAAAGGUGAUGAACUGGAAGAAUUAGAAAAUGCAGAAGACGCAGACAAUGCAUCCACACCGAAGAGUAGUUCAGAGGAAAGUACCACCGUAGCUUACGAUCAAGAAUCGUUUUCAAAUGGAGAAUUGAACGAUGAUAAUUUAUCAACGUUUACGGAAAAAGAACCUUUCGAAGGAUUGGCCGAUGCCGAACGAGAAGAUGAUGAAAAACUUACAGGUACGACGCAGACAUCAAUAGAAUCAUACGAUGGAAUUUCCGAACAAGAAAAGGGCGAUGAAGAGAGUUUAGGAUUAGGUGAAACAACAACAGCCAAAAGCGAAGGUGAGUUUGAAGCAACGGAAAUCAAUACGGAAAAGACUGAAGACGAAUUCGAAAGAAAUCAAUUAUUAGGUUCCGUAACUACGGAACAACCAGAAUUGUCGGAACGACAAUCCACGCCCAGCGAUAUCGAAGAUUUUCAAACGGAAAACACAACACCAUCAUCUGCCAAUAAUUCAGAAGAUAAUAAUUCAUUGAGCAAUUUACUUGAUAGGCCAGGAACUCUGGAAGGAAGUACGACUCAAAAUUAUGAAACCGUAACAGAAAGCUCAACAAUCCCUUCACCGGGUCAAAAUUUGGAAAUGACAACGCAAAAACCAGAAACUCAAGAAGGCACUGAUGAAAAUGAAUCGCAAUUGGAUUCGGACAAUUUAGUGACAAAUACCGAAAAAACGGAAACUCAACAGAAUUCGGUGGAAGAGGAAAACUUUUCCAUAGAUUUGGGUUUCGGAUUAGAAAAUGUCGAAAAUGAUGAAGUUACAUCUAAACCGGUUACUACGCCUCAACCACCACAAGAUAAUAUUUUAAAUGAAGAAGAUUUAAAAGAGGUACAAGUAUUGAAAGAAUUAUCGAACAAAGGUAGCGACGGAGAAUUCGUUGAGGAUUCCAAAUCUACGACGCCACCGAGCGUAAAUGAAAAUAACGAGGAAGAUUAUGUAGAAAUAACAGAAAGCACAAAACCUCAAACGGAUGUCGAUAAUCCAACAACGCCAUCUAGCCUUAACGAAAGCACCGAAGCACCCGAAGUAGAAAGAGUUGUAGAAAUAACGGAAAGCACAAAACCUCCGACAGACUUUUUACAAUCAACAACUCCGUACAAUGCGGAUGAAAAUGCUGUUUUUAACGAUGAUGAAGAAAGGGUAGUGGAAAUUACAGAAAGCACGAAACCACCCUUAGAUUUACCACCACCAUCGACCACUCCUUCAAGUGUCUACGACGAAAACACAGUCGGACCUAACGAAGAUGGCGUCGUAGAAAUAAAAGAAAGCACGAGGCCGAAUUACGACUUCCCGCAAUCAACGACCCCGUCGCCAUUAAGUGAUGCCACAGAAUCACCGGAUGCCGAAAGAGUCGUUGAAAUCACGGAAAGCACAAAAUCACCUCUAGAUUAUUCAGUAUCCACAACUCCUUCGGGUCUAUACGAAAAUGAAAUUUCCACCAACUACGAGGGAAUCGUAGAAAUAAAAGAAAAUACCGAGCCGCAGUUAAAUUUCCCAUUUCCCACGACUCCAUCGAACCUUGUUGAAAGCACAAACGAGCCUGAUGCGGAAAGGGUUGUAGAAAUAACCGAAAGCACAAAAUCUCCCUUAGAUAAUUCUAUUCAGUCCACAACCCCUUCGAGCGUGGAAGAAAAUUCAGUUUCUUACGAGGAUGAAAGAGUUGUAGAAAUUACCGAAAGCACUAAACCCCCCGUAGAUAGUUCUAUUCAAUCCACAACCCCCUCAAGUGUAGACGAAGGUAUAGUGUCCUACGAUGACGAAAGGGUUGUAGAAAUUACCGAAAGCACAAAACCUCCCACGGAUAAUUUAAUACAAACAACAACCUCACCGAGCACGGGUGAAAAUUCAGUUUCUUUCGACGAAGAAAGAGUUGUAGAAAUAACCGAAAGCACUAAACCACCGCUCGAAUCUAAUUCCGUUCAAUCGACAACGUCCUCAAGUUUGGACGAAGGUACAGUAUCUUACGACGAUGAAGAAAGGGUAGUGGAAAUUACGGAAAGCACGAAACCACCCUUAGAUUUACCACCGCCAUCGACAACUCCUUCAAGUGUAUACGACGAAAACACAGUCGGACCUAACGAAGAUGGCGUCGUAGAAAUAAAAGAAAGCACGAGGCCGAAUUAUGACAUCCCGCAAUCAACCACCCCGUCGCCAUUAAGUGAUACCACAGAAUCACCGGAUGCCGAAAGAGUCGUUGAAAUCACGGAAAGCACAAAGCCGCCAUCAGAUUUUACAGAAUCGACUACCCAACAAAGCGUUUUGGAAAACGAAAAUGACAAACAAACGGUUGAUGUACAACAACAACAGCAGCAGGACCAACAACAGGAAAUUGUCUUUUCGCAAGAAGAAAAUUCUGAAGAAGAAGAAGAAGAAGGUGAAGGCGGCGUGGAUUUGAGUGAAGAGGAUCAAGUCGUAGAAAUAAAUGAAAGUACAAAACCCGUUGGUGACGUCACCGGAAGUAACGAACAAACGGAAUCAUACGAUUACGAAACCGAACAAGGGGGAGAACAAGGUUACGUUUACGAAAAACCCAUCGGCGGUGAAUUAUUUACCGUCGAAGAUUAUUCCUAUGAAAAUAACGAUGAAGAAAAACAAUCGGAAGAAUUUUACGAAACGGGUCGUACGACGACGGGUCUCGAUGAAGACACAUCGGAACCUUUUACCGUAGAUGGUGAAACCGACGACGACGACGACGACGACGACAUUCAAUCAAAGAAAUUCGAUGUCAAUACAGAAGAUAUAAAAACGGUUGCAAAUUGGAUAUCGGAUACGUUCACUUCCGGUUACGAUCAAAAGAAAAGAGAAUCAUCAUCAUCAUCAUCAUCAUCGAUCGAUAGCGAAUUGCAACCCGCGACAAAAAGUUACGCCACCAAAUUGUCGACAACAUCAACAUCAACAUCAACAUCGGAUCUUUUGACUUCCCUCUUUCCAAUAAGUGUAGAAUACAUACAAUCAUCGACGGCACAAAACAGCGUUAAAAAGAGACAACGGAGAACGACAAAAGACGAAAAUGAAACAUCGAGUUUAACCAACUUAGCUUACCGUGCACUGAGUUCGUCAAACGAUUCACCGAUUCCAAUCAUGACGACGGCGACGUUGAGGACUACCCCUACUACUACCCCUUCUGCUGACACGACAACGAUUAUUAUACCGACGUCAUCGUCGCGAAUAAUCGAAACGAAAAAAGUUAAAAAUUUAUCAACGACAAGCGUGAAAGCUUAUCAAACUAUGACAAAUAUAAUGACGUCAACGCCCGUACCCGAAACGGUUUUUAUCGUGACACCAGAAUCUAAAGCAACCGAAACGGUUGUCUCGGAUUCGGAAACGAAAAGGGGUAAAGUCAAAUUCGUGACGCUUAAACCUGGUUACGUCAUAACAACAAACGUUGAAAAUGAUAAUGAAAUUAUGACGUUAUCAUCGCAACACGUUCAGAAAGUAACAAAGGCUCCGGCCCAAAUCCCUGAGAAUUUUCUAACGACGGUGUUUGAUGAUAUUGAAGAAAGAACGUCAUCACCGAUACCACCGGGGAUAUUAAAAAAUGCGGGUAAAGAAUUACCUGCGGGAGACGGACUAAGCGUGGCACUAGCAAGAAGGAUAAUAUCGUUGGCUUUAGAAAGAGCCAUAACGAAUUCGAAACAACAACAACAAGUGGGGAGAAAUUCGAAAAAAACCAACAACGACAACCUCAUUCAAAAUCUUUCGAAUGUUGAAACGUUGGAAAAACGUUUUUCGUCGUCCACGUUCAAACCCCAAUUUUCCGGCGUGGCUAAAAGAAUUGUUGUAGUUUUCAUCAAAACAAGUCCUAAAACGUUUUUAAGGUUCACGAGUCCGAGAGGAUACUACAAAUCAAGAUCGAAAACAACGGCGGAAACACCCGAAAAUCAACAAAUAACUUUAGAUUUAGCAAAAGCAUUAUCAGACAUACAAGAGCCAAUCAUAUCAAAGAAUUCCAUUCAAAAGAAUACGAAAUCGGGAACGGUGAAAACUCAACCGGAAGUUGAUACAUUGAAAAUUUUAUUUUCAAACGAUAAAAAUUCAUCACCGACUCAUAAUCCUCCAAACAAUCAACAGAUCACGGAAGAUUUAAACGCUCUUCUUUCCGGUUUGUGGCAACCGUCACCGACGUCGACGACAAAGUCAAAAUCAAAAUCUCAAGUGUCAUUCAUCGAAGCCAAUAACGUGACGCCGAGCGGAGGUCAAAGAGUCGUCAAAACGGAAAAAAUUACACUUCCAAAAACGGCAUCGGAUUCAUUGAGCGACAGCGAUUUGAAAUUACUCGAAGCCAUUUUAACUAAACAGGGAGCCGAGGGAGCAGAAAAAGAUUUCCAACAAAUCGUUCAAAAUCAAAUAAGGCUCGCCGAAGAAGUGAGAAAAGCGAGUAGAAACAUAAAGAAAAAACAAAAGGCACCGACGACGACGACUCCGAAACCUACUACGAGAGGUCGACUCAGUUACCUUUUUAACAUAUUGGGUGGGGGAAGAAGGCAAAACCAACCCAUUGGAAUAAAAUUACCUAAAAGGAUACCGAAAACGCGUGCGAAUCAAAACAGCAACAGUCAUCCAGAUCCUAUCAACGAUUUCGACGAAGGAUCUUUGCCUCCAUCAGAUCGAACGGCGAGAGGAGAAUUAGUUUCAGCUGCCAUUGACGUCACAAAAGCCGUUUCGAAAUUUAUGGGAACCGUAUUUACGAACGCCGCUCAUUCGUUUCAAAAUUUCGUACGGACUUUGGGAAGUUAG